UCUUCACUCGGUGACCACUGUGGAUUCCAUGGCUGAUGAGGCGAUUGUCAAUAGCGCGAGCGAUCCGGAGGUGGUGAAUUGGCACCCGGCGGAUCAGCGUGGGGUCGAUUCCAAGGUAAAUGACCUGACCCUGAAACUGAAGUUGUUGGAGCUUGAGAAAUUCAAUUUGUUGUGCGAGAAUGAUGAGACCAAGGAGAGGGUUGGCGAGCUGAUGGCGGAGAUCGAAAAGCUGAGGAACGGUGAGGGCGAGGCCAAAAAGGAGGUGGCGCGAUUGAGGAGCGCGACGGAAAAGAAAGACCAGAUAAUCCAGGGCUUGAAGAGAGAGGUGGAGGGUUUAAAAAAUGGCAGGGCAGAGAGCGAUGUUAAAGUGAGGGAAUUGGAGCUGAAGAUUGGACAAUCCGAAGUGAGGGAGACGAUGUUGAUGGUUGAGAAAGGGAAGGCCAAGAAGAAAUUGACAGAGAGGGUUGAGGCGAAGGAGAGGGAGAUUAGUGGGUUGAAGGAGAAGAUUGGGGAUUUGGAGGCGAGGAUUGCAAUGGUCGUGUCCAAGCUGCAAAGUUCGAAGAAUGAGAAGAGUGCUGCGGAGGACGCAUUGAGGAUAUCUGAGGAGAAGGCAAAGGAGAUGGAGUCGAAACUGGUUGAAUUGCAGAGGAAGUUAGAACAGGAAGAGAAGGUAAUUACCGGAUUGAAAGACAAGACAGCUGAGACCAUCAGUGGGAGGCGAGAGAUCUUCGACGAGACUGAAGACAAAGGGUGGAAACAGCAAUGGCCGGUUGUGGCAGCAGGGUCCGCUGGAACUAUUGUUUUGGCUACCGCUGUGGCCUAUGUUUGCUACAGUAGGCGCCAAAGCUAGAAUUCGGCAAAAUAAUGAGCAAGCACGGAGGAAACAGAAGAGAGAGAUACAAAGAGCCUCAGAGGUUUUAAACUACUCUAUGUUGUUUCAAUUUUGUUAGAUGCUACAGCUUUUUCUUUUGCUUUGCUUGGGGGCAUCUCGCCGUUUGUUUGAUUUCAUAUGUGGUCUUUCCAGAAGCUGAAUCGUUAUUACAAGCUAUUGAGUAAGAUGAAGUUUCCCC